ACAACUAGCCCUCCAAUAGGGAUCCACAACUAUACUGUAAGUCAGAGGCUGAAAAAUGACACACUUAAUGGUUUUUGAAAAUAUGACUUGCCAACAUUUAAAAAUCAAGAGAUUAUACAUAAUAAUCAGGAUUUCUGGCUUUUUUGAAAAAGUUGAUGAUCUGGCAACAUAAGGCCUUGGGUGUCACAUGGCAUCAAUCAGCUGGAGCUGUGUAGCACCUGCCACCUGUAGACAGGUCAUACAUGCUGCAGCUACCAUACCCCAAGGCCUUUCAAGUGUUCAGAUCAGACGAGUCUAGCCAAGAGUCCCAAACUUCCGCACAAACAAAACCACACAUGCUACAGAAAGCUGCCCCCGAAGUCCGACACCACUUUUAACCUACCUGGGCAGAGCUCUGAUUAUAUGCAUGUAAAAGGCUUGUCUACCCCCCAGCUGCCUCUGUUUUUCCUACAGAACUCUAUCCAGCUUUGGGAAAGGGUUCUACACAGCCAUUUGCGUUUGGUACCAUCUGCCCUAGAUGCUCAAGAUGGUUCAUUCUAAAGUCAGGCUUCCAGGCACCAACACAGACCCACUCUGGGACACUGACUGAAAACCUCCAUUGAAAGCAAGUGGCUUACAGCUCCAUUAUGUGUGCCUGGGAGGAAGGAAGUGUGUGGUUGAGUAGGAGGCCUCAUAAGCUCCCUUCUGGGAUUACAGGUCUGAGCCCUAGGAACACAACAGCUGAGUCCUCUGAUCAGACCUGGCCCACCCAGGGUGCGAAAGGACAUCCCCACCCUGUCGGACGUGAAGGAGAGGCCAUGCCUGUAUAUUAUGUGGUUGUGAUGGAUACUUACUGGUUAACUUCCCAGCAUCCACAUCCCUCUUACUACUACCCAGGACCCCCAAUUUCUUAGGUGUGCCAUUUGGGUGGGAUGAAGCCCACCUCCAGUUCCAGAGAGAGACAAUCAGUAUAUCCCGUACCCCUGGCCACCGUCCAAGGGUGAACAUGUAUGUGCUCCCUUGUCACAAGGAGACUGAAUGCUAAAACUUUGGACUGAGCAAUCAGAAAAGCACAAUUUGCUUUCUCCUGCUUCUCAAGAACAGGAUUCACAUAGAUCCGGGAGUUCUGACUUCGUCUUGGGACCACAGUGGGAGAGCUGUCUGAGAAGGGAGUCAAGAAGAGCCACUGAGGCAAGCAGAACAUAAAGGUGCCUCCACACUGGACCAUUUGGUGAUACGAGCUAAUAAAUUCCUUGUUGGCUUCAGCCGGUUUGGGUUUGGUUUUUGGUCACUAGCGACACAAAGGAUCCUCACCAGCACCCCAGUGAACACAACUUGAGCCAGCUCCGUUUUGAUGAUCUCUGCCCUAAUCACCAUCUUCCCACCCGUAUUUUCAAUUCCGUGUAAGGCAAGUCAAUCUAGCAACAACUGUGAUAGAAUUCAGUAGACCUCGGCAGGGGAGGGGGAAAGACAGUUCCCAAUAUUUGUGUAUUUUAGCCUAAAAUUCGAUCUCGUGGUUUACGUCAUACUUCUCUUUUUUUUAUGUAUAUCUUUUAAGAGGAAAUUCGAUCAUCAGUGUUUAAGAAAUGCAAAUGUGGGGCAGUGAUGUAUCAACCCAGAGGUUUUCUUUUAUACUAGAAAAUGUUUUUGAAGGGGGAAAAACAGGGAUUUUUAUUAUUAAAAGAUAAAAGUAAACUUGUUUUUUUAAGACACAAGGCAUUGGAAACAUUGGUUUCACAACAUGCCAUUAUUAGACAGUCUCUAUCUGAUUGUUGGAAAUUAUUCAUUUCCUCAAAGAGAGAGAAUAAAUUGGUUGGGGAUACAAUCUUGUACAAUGCACUUUCUUUGCCAAAGGCAAUCGCUGAACAUUUCAGAGCCACGAGAAUGCUUCUGCUUUUGACUUUCCUGGCUCUCGGAGCUGCCGACGUUGGUGCCAUUGCCUUAGAAAGUCCCUUGAAGAGACUGGUGGCAGAGACCUUGACACUGCUCUCCACUCAUCGGACUCUGCUGAUAGGCGAAGGGAACCUGAUGAUUCCUACUCCAGGACAUACAAAUUACCAACUAUGCAUUAAAGAAGUCUUUCAGGGGGUAGACACAUUGAGGAAUCAAACUGCAGAAGGGGAUGCCGUGGAAAAACUCUUCCAGAACUUGUCUUCAAUAAAAGACUACAUAGAUGGCGAAAAAAAAAAGUGUGAAGGGGAACGAUUGAGAGUAAAAAAGUUCCUAGACUACCUGCAAGUAUUUCUUGGCGUGAUAAACACUGAGUGGACAAUGGAAAGUUGAGACUCAACUGGCUUGUUGUAGCGAUAAAGGAUGUUUUAUUGCCACGAGAAUGAGGGCCAAUCAAGGGCAGGGCCUUCCUCUUCAGUUUAAUUAAGCUUCUGAGGCAAAGUAGCAGCAUUUCAGGCAUACUGCUGCUUCACUACCUCAUCUAGGCAGAAAGCAUCUAAACAAAAUGUUCUAGAUAUAGUCCAGAUACAGGAGUCAGGGAAGUAUUUUCCUCCAGUUCGCUCCAAACAAAAUGGAUGUAUACUUUUUAUCUUAUUUAAUGCAACAUUCUGUAAAAUGUCUGUUAACUUAAUGUUAUUUAUGAAAUGGUUAAGAAUUUGGAAAAUUACUAUUUAUUUCAUGUCAGGCUGUGUUCCAAUAAAACAAAAAUAGA